AUGGACAGAAGAACCGCCACCCAACACGUUGAGUUUUUUUCGAUGUCGUCCAGAUGUGGACCGAGUGUUGUGGGGCGAAAUCCCAGUUUAUUGAUAUCUACUCACUUUGGAUCUGAUGUUUACUCCAGUUCAAAUUCACUUUGGGCUCUUCUAUGCCAGUCGCCCAGUAGAGGUCAACCGGUGCAUGAGUGGCAGCUGUGUUCCAGAAACACCCGUGGCCCAGUCCUGGGCAUCGAACACUUUGAUUUGUUUCAAACUGGGCAAGAACAACUGAUAGCGUCAUACGAUGAGGGGGUGAUUGAAGUCUAUGAAUAUGACACCCAUGGGCACCCCCAUAUGCUGUACGAAUUGAACCUUCUUCACAAAUUAACCUCAGUUAAGGCAGGAACCUUUGCCAGUCCACACUAUCCGGAGCUCGUUUGUGUUGCUUAUACAGGCGCUGUCUUUGGCCUCACCACUGAACCCCUGAAGGAGGCAACCGAACAAGGACAAGAGGAGAUAGGAAGGAGUGUGCUACAAUCCAAAGUGGAUAAAUUGAGAGAGGAAGUCAGUGCCUUGGAAGAGCAGCUGUCACUGUUACGCUCGACACGAGAGAAACCAGCCGACCAGUCCCUGCUGUGUCUUACGACUGGAAGGAUUGCACACAACUUUUCCCUCGAUGCGCACCGUUCGCUGUUUUGUCUUCAUUUAGAAUGUGCCGUCGCGCUGGAUCACGUGCUCAUACAAUGUGACUGUCCCGUGGAACUGGAAGAUGGUGAACAUGGGACAGCAAUUCUCAGUUUGACUCCUUGCACUGUUGAGCAUCAUCGACUACGAUGGCUCGGUCAUGUGCUACACAUGCCGAAACACCGUCUACCGACACGAGUGUCGUACUCCAUGAGUGCUUCAGAAUGGCGGAAACCACGAGGUGGACAACAAAAGGGUGUGAAAGAGGUUACAGAGAGCUUGUUGUUGAUUUUGUACGCCUUCCAAGAUAGGGUCUCCGUGAAACCUGCGCUUGGCUGGAGACAUUGCAAAAAGUGGCGGCUGAACGACGUCAGUGGCCUUCUUCCUGUCAGUUUCUUUCCAGAUUGUUUUAUUGAGCGGUUGGAGGCUUUAAAUACAAUUAGAUGGACUUUUUGGUUGUACGGCAGUGAAGCAUUAGUGUCAACACUGAUGUUGCUGUCUCCGAUGAUGUUGAUUGAUUGUGUUCUCGCUGCGAAACGUUCAUUUGAUCACCGGAAAACAGGAAAGUGGAACAUACAACCAAACAUUGGAGGCGAAGGCAUGUUCAGUUUAGCGGAAUACACUCAUUUGCAAACAAAUAUGGUUUUGCGAAGUGGGAGUGCCCUAUUAGCAACGCUCAGGUACCAAGCCAACGUGAACGUUACGAAAAUCUACUUACGCACCAUCGAAGGUCAGUAUGGAACCCUGCGAGUUUACGUAACUCCAAGCAGCAUUGCUCCCAUCACGUGCCAGUGCCUGGAAUUUCCCAUUCGCCCAUUAUCAUUGCAUCAACGAAUCCACUCCUUUGAAGACGGAAGACCACUGAGCAGGCUGACAUUGACUGGAAGAUUUUCUCUAGCGACCAUUCAUCAGUGGGUACGAUUGUGUGUACCGGAGACACCAGAGAAGCCGCCGUUCAUCGAACCAACGCUGGAAGGAUCUGUUCCUUUUGGAUUCGACCCAAAAGAACAGUAUGUUCGCCUGAUUUACGGAUCGACUUUUCUACCAACACAGCUGGAAUGCUGCUACCAGAGGAACAAGGCCACCUUUCGCUCAUGCAACAUUUCUACCCUGGCUAUUGUGAAGGAUUUUUUGACAAGGGAAGCCACAAUGAGUAAAGUCCCACUGUCCAUUGAUACAGUGACCAGCGCAGCUGAGUUUGCUGGUAAUAGCGUUCAUAUUUCGCUGCCAAGUCAUUGUUUGACCGCCUCUGGCACUCUUCCACCCUUCACGUGGUUGUGUGGAAAGAGCCCUUCGAGGAAGUCGGUCGACUGGCAUAUGCAGCACGUGGCUAAGCCAGCGCAACCUAUGCAGUGUGAUCAGUUCAUCUAUCGAGGAUUUGGAUUCCAGACUGGUUCGCUGGUGCGCACCACGCUGUCAAUCGAUUUCCGCUGUUCCGGAAAUUGCUACUGCAAACAAACAGUUUGUGCUCGGCACACAUCUGAAGCAGGCGAUCUCCGUCGUCCGCUUGUCUCGUGUCCAUUCCAAGACGACCACCCAACUGGGUCUCAGCAGAUUUUAGUUUACUUCCCUAAGCGUUCAUGUCACCAGCAACCCCAAAAACUGUCUGAGCAUAUCCAUCCCGAUAGUGUGGAGCACACGCUGCGACUCAUCCAACCCGAACUUGAAGCCCAUAUUAUGCUGAAACGCCAGGUGAGCCUUAUCGAUCCCAUCCAAGAACUGGUAGCUGGUCAGGCACAGUCAUUUCCUCAGCCGUUCUGCGCGGACAACGCUGACAAUCCUUUACCUGGGAGUUUGCCCGAGGAAUAUGCUGCCAUAUGGCGUGAUUCUGCGAGACUGCGAAAACUGUGUAAGCAACAACCUAUUCAACUGGAAAGGCUAUCAGGUGUUCAUUUAUGCAGUGCCAGAUCGAAUUGCGGCCACUUUGAUGGACACAAUCCAGGCCUGUAUCNAUGGACAUCAUACCAAGGAAUUGAAACGAUGAUUGACAUGAAUUAUAGUCAUGAAACGGUUAAUCAUACCGGCAACUUUGUGGAUCCAAAGACUGAAGCCCACACACAGAUCAUCGAAUCUCUUUGGCACGUCUACAAGAUGCAGAAUAAACGCCAAUGCGGCACACACCUAUCUUUAGUGGACAGCUACUUGUGUUGUGUGGUGGAUCAAUAUAUCGACAAAUUUCGUUUCCAAGGCAUCGAUGUAAAAUCGCGUAUUCCAGAACUAAUGAAACUCCUCAACCAAUAUGAUUUCUAUCAAAUUCUCCAAUUUUUCAAUGAGUCCUGA